UCAUACUCGACUACGUGUAAUUAUUAUUUUCGUCAAUUCUACAUCAAAUUUUAAUCAAAAACAACCAUAUAAACAUUGCCAAAAUGAGCAGAGGCAAACAAAAUGAGGACGACAGCAAUUCGACGCUUUUCGAUGCGCGCAACGAGUAUUAUGUUGGCAAUUUUAUGGGCUCUAUAAACUUUGUGCUGCCCGAGCAAGGCACAGCGGGUGCAGAGCUACUCUCCUACAUGUAUUUGUCGUACUUGGCCAUUGAUUCUGGCCGCCUCGUCGCCUCAGACAUUAAGGAGAACAACACGACGCCGCUACAGGCACUGCGUUAUGUGUACGAAGCCUUUGAGCAGCCGGAGCGCUGCGAGGAGCUGCUGGAAAAGCUGACAGAUAAAGUGGCCACGGACGAGGACGAGAUAAACAUCUGGCACAUUGCCACGGCGAUUGUUUACUGCUACGAUAAUCAGUUCGAGAAUGCGCUGAAAAUACUACAUGGCUCCAGCAAUCUCGAAUCUAUGGCCCUUUCGGUGCAGUGUUUGCUGCGUUUGCAGCGCGUUGAUUUGGCCAAACAACUGGUGGCCAAAAUGCAGGAAAUUUCCGACGAUGCAACACUGACGCAGCUGGCGCAGGCGUGGGUGGCUCUAGCGCUAGGCACUGAGCAAAUGCAGGAUGCCUUCCACAUUUACCAAGAGUUCUGUGAAAAGUUCAAACCAACGCCGGCGUUGCUGAAUGGUCAGGCUGUUGUACAUUUGGGUCUGGAACGUUAUGAGGAAGCUGAAUCGGUGCUGCGUGAGGCUCUUACUAAGAAGCAUAACGAUUACGAUACGUUAAUAAAUAUGAUGGUGCUCUCGCAUUUGACUGGGAAAUCCACAGAAACUAUUACACGUUACUGGGAGCAACUGAAGCAGUUCUACCCGAAAAGCGAUUUUGUUGUGGAUUUGGAAAAGAAAUCUGCUGAGUUUGAUAAGCUGUGCCUUGAAUAUGAGCUGAGUGGUGAGGAAGCUUUGUUGGCGGUUUGAGGAUUCCAAAUCUAUAUACAUAAGUAACUAUUGUAUGUGUUUAAUCGUGGCAGCCUCACCGGCGCAUUACAAUUUAAAUAAAUAUAAUAUUGUAAAACAUUAA